UGUACUACCACUAGAGAUAAAGUCUAUAGAAAUGUUUAUGAUUGACCAAAGUUCACAGGAAGAUGAUUGAUAGGAAGAAAAUAUGAAAAUCAGACACAUUGACACAAAUAUAUGUGCACUGAUGUGUAUCACAUAUAUAAAUUAAUACAUAGGUCUGAAAAAAAAAAAACAUUGUACAAAAAAAUUAAUAAUUUUGAAUUCUUUUUAUGAGAACAGUCAGAGGAGCACUCUGGUGAAUUCCGACAAGAUUUGGGAACACAUGAAUUUUGAUAUAUUUCGUUCCAACGCCACAUUGACAAGAUUGAGUCCAUUGAUGGUUUGGCUGGUUACAGUUAUUAUUUAAACGACUACCACAAUGCAGCGCCUCUUGCUUUCCCUUGAUUCCUUUACCAAGUGAGAUGUUUCAGGAAGAUCUGAGGCAAGAAUCAAAAGACAAUCCUUUUGGGUGAGAGCUUAACCUCCACCCAAUCGCUUACUACUAUGUAUUGUCCUUCAAUCUGUUAUAUUCGUUUUUAUUGGUCUCAUGCACGACAAGGCAACCAAUGAUAAAUAAAUCACAGAAUUAAUCAAUGCGUGACUAUAAUAUGUAUUCAUAAUACAAAUAACAGACACAUUUUACCCAAAGUGAGAAUCAAACCAAGUUCCUAAUGACCGGUCUCUUAACUCCAUUUGUCUUAUAUUUAAGCUACAAGAAACAUUCAUAUGGAUUUACACAUAAAACUAUGGAUAAUACAAAGAUAUUCGGCGACUUUUUUCUGUGACCUUUUGGCCUAGCAAAACUCACUGACAGCCACUCAUUGUGGGAUACUAAUAUUGUGGGCCGCAUAGGAUGGCACUUUCCCUAGCUACCCCACUGAUCCCACUAGUUAUGCUUAGUCAUUAGUCUAACUUCGCCACAGCAUAUUUAUGGGCUCUUGGCAAAGUCAAUCUGUCGUCUCCCGUUGUUGCCUCUAGCCAGUGUGUUUGUGUAGUGUGCUGUCACAACCUUCACCAAAGUGCGUUAAUUGUUGUACGCGUGUAGCACAGUUCAUUGUUUGGAUAAGGUCUCCCCCCCCCACACACACACACACCUAUCCCCAGUCCCCUACUGACCCACUACACACGUAAGUAGUCGAGGUAAGGUUGUGUAAAGCGAAGCAUGUGUUAUAGAUUUCUUCCACAUUCAUACACGGAGCAGGUUUGCUACACGGUCUGUAAGUACCUACUCAUUUCUUGCAUCGCUUCUCCAAGCAGUAAAACAAAAUACUUGCGACAAACACCAACAACCAGUGAUCGCUAUAUUUAAAUCUAUUGCCUAUAUAUCCAAAUGUCACAAUAGUCAACACACAAUUGGCUUUUCAAAAUUAAUAUCAAGUCGCUCAUGUCCUCCAUUCCUCGUCGCUGUCAUCUUUCUUUCACGGGUGUCCUGAAUUAGUUUAAGGUGCCGCAAAGCUAGGAUUGUUUUAAUUUAAAUUGCACUUCAAUUUUUAAAAAUCGUUAAAAGGUGAGGGUUGGGGUAUUUCUCCGUCUCAAAGGGAGACAAUAGAGUGGUUUUCGCUGAGGUUAGGAGAACUCAGUGCCUAAGGAUUUUGUUAUUGAAAAUAAUACCCCCCCCCCUUUUUUAUUUCCACCCAUUUCCACGAAGCAGGGGAACUCAAGGUUUAAGUUUAUGAUACAUCUUGGAACCUAGGGGCGUGGUAAGCAUAAGCUCUGAUGGGGCAAAGCCCAAAUUUUGAGCGCCCUCUUUUGUAAAAAGCAUAUACUAAAAAAAUUUUCAUUAAAAAAUUACUAUUUUGACUCCCUCUGAAAAUGGAGCCCUUGUAUAUUGCCCCUUCGUCGCCGCCCACUUCUUUGAUACGGCCCUGUUGACACCAGGGACACCGCAGGAGUUUCCACUGUCGAUGUCAUGCCGCCUGCAACUCGGGAGAGUUCUGUUGGGGGUUAUCUCCCCUAGACUGCCAUUUUUUAGCAUCAAGACAGCACAGGUUGGCAGAGUUCCCACCCUCCCUGCACUUAGAUAAGCUGCCUUCCAAGGUUGAUGCGGAUUUAGCAAUGUCCUUGAUGGCUAAUUGGGGCGCUCCUUACCCGAAACUCUGACAUGCCCCCUUAAAAUUGUCUUAAAGAAACAAUACAUUUAAGUUUACGCCAAAAUGCACCCGUGUAUUUUGAAUUUGCCCAAGAGUCUUCGGAACCCUCAAUUUUUACACCCCUUCCCUCAGGCUGAUCAAUGUUACAGUAUGGAUUGAAUCUAAGCUUGUGCCAAAUCAUUCUCCUGGGGAACGUCACAACCGGAGGGAAUUCAGUUUAUGUAUGGCAUUCGCCGCCAUAAUGUCUCCCCCGGAUGCUUAAAAAAUUCCGUACCUUGAUCAAAAAGUCUAAAAGAAAAAUUGAAUUCAGGUAUACUCCAAAAUACACUUCUUGAUGUUGAAAUCAAGACCACCCCCAUCCCCUUUUUUUUCGUUCAAGAGCCAUCAGCGCCCUCGAUUUCUGCCCUUCUUCCCAAUAACAAAUUUCAACAAUUUUGGUGCCGCUAGGUACACUGCCUGGCUGCGUAGCUAGUAUCAAUGGCAACAUGGGUGGGCCAAUAGUUUUGGUCGCAUUUCCUGACACGAAAUAAACUCUGCAGAUAUCUGAAAAUGCCGCCCCUUUUCUACGACGCUGGCAGAAGCGCCAGGGGACAGGAUCCACUUUUAAGCCCCCCCCCCCAUAUUCUGAAAUAAAAUCCAUUAUUUCCAUCCAUUAAAUACCAGCAAAGCGCAUUACAUUUCCCGACACGAAAUAAACUCUGCAGAUAUCUGAAAAUGCCGCCCCUUUUCUACGACGCUGUCAGAAGCGCCAGGGGACAGGAUCCACUCUUAAGCCCCCCCCCCCCAUAUUCUGAAAUAAAAUCCAUUAUUUCCAUCCAUUAAAUACCAGCAAAGCGCAUUUUGGCGCCCCACCAAACUGGCGCCAGGGUUUUUCUGCCCCUUCUGCCCCCGUUAGCUAAGCCCCAUGGCCAAUUGGCCGUGCCCACCGAAAAUCUGACCCCCCUCCCCCCACACCCCACCGGAAGAAAAGAAACACCUGCUCUAACAUUGUUUAUGCUUUUGACAGUAGUUUUCAAAUCAUAUGUUAUAAUUAUCUCUGUUAUCUAAAAAUUUGAUUGGUCCAGAAUUUAAUUCAGCUUAACAACUUCAAUACCUUGACGGUCUCUUUAAACUGAUUUGUCAUCUCGUUACCUCGUGAUGUGACAGUGACAGCCAUUGGGAUUACUUGUAACAAGGGAUGGCUGCAAAAAAGGUAACUUGAUGAUUAUAUAUCUAUAUAUAUAGAGAGAGAGAUAUUAUAUACAUAUUUUAAAGAUAUAUUUUGCCAUAUCAUAUUUGUGCUUAUAUUCGCGUCACCAACUCAUUCAAAUAAAAUUUACGAAUAAUUAUUCGAAAUCCCCACACUUUUACGGACAAAACGGAAAUAAAUAAAUUUAGGACACAUGUUUCAAGUUGAUGAAACCAAGAAUCUUCUUUUUAAAAAAAAGGUUGAAACAUCCGCACGAUGACACUGCUACCAUUCAAUGUAAGAUGUCGAAUAUGUCCAUGCUUAUCAUCUUGUUUCUAUGACUAUGUUUCUAUUAGAGGCCGACCGAACGUGAUUUUCUGCUUUCAUCCGAAACCGAAACCUGACCGAGAGUUAUAAACGGUUUUCGGACGAAACCGAAGCCGAAACUGAAAGAUUUAAACAUUUCAAAACUCGUUUUCGCACAUUUCCUGCGCACCGCGAAAAAUGACGGAACAACUUUUCUGGCAAUUUGUAUUUGUCUUAAAGUUACCGAAAUAAUCUAUCUGUGUGUUUCCUGGCCCUCCCCUCCUGUUUAUAGUCUGCUAAGGUGGUCAUCAUCGGUGCCGGCGUCGGAGGCCUGGCCAGCGGUAUCUGUGUUCAGCAGUUGUGCCCUGACGCUGAGGUCGAGAUUGUAGCAGAGUUGUUCUCCCCUGACACGACAUCUGAUGGCUCUGCAGGAUUUUGGCUGCCUUACGCCAUAGGAAGUGACGUGGAACGUGUCUUGUAAGUUGCCUUACGCCAAAGGAAGUGACGUAGAACGUGUCUUGGCUGAUUUGCCCACCAAUUGGUGAAUCUUACACCAUUUCCCCACCCCCAAACGACGAUUUGUAGAGCUCGUAAGACAUCCAAAGACCACGCGUCCGAAGCGACGGUAUACACACUACUCAUUUUUUUGUUUACUUCUCCGAGGACAGAAAGUUCGCGACUCAAACCUACGACCAUCUGACCUCACUGGCCUACUCACCCCUGGCAGGAGAAAUUGGUGUUCAGCAUUUGUCUGGCUACACCAUCAUCGCUGGUCACCUACAGGUGAGAUUUUAGUGGGUCAUCAACAAGAAGUGCCAGCUUUAAUAAUGUCAUUUUGAAACGAAUCAAUGGGGAAAAAAUAAUUGGUUUUGUUUUGUUUGGUAAUCAGCUUUAAAAAAAUAAAUGGUGACGUCACAGAAUUCUGUAAUUCCUCCUUCAUCAAUUAAAAAAAUAUUUUUUUUUUUUUAAAAUCUCUGUCUGAAAGUUUGCUCUCCAAUCAUGCUGCUAAGGAAUCUGAUACCCCCCCCUCAACCCCAAUUUUUAACGACACCAGGCAGCAGGUUAAAGCAUUACAUAGAAAUGUCAUUAAAACAACCAACUUGACAUGUUGUGGUGCGUGAAAACAAGUUUUUUUAAUAUCUCCCCCCCCCCCCCCGAAUUCAAAUAAUUCCCUCCGGGAACCACUUUCAGUUUCAGCAACUGAAUUUUAUGUCAAAGUCCUUUUCGCUAUGAUAAUAAACAAAGCUUAAGGGGGAGCCUUUUAAAGUGGAUGAAGUGAAUUUAUGGAAUAGAUGAGUUUCGGCGCAUCCAUUUUUGAUGGGCUGGAUCAUCACAUUCCAUACACACAAAAAAAAGAUUUUAGUGAGGCAAUUGAAAACAUUCCGGAAGGACAUUAAUGUUGUNUGGGCUGGAUCAUCAAAUUCCAUACACACAAAAAAAAGAUUUUAGUGAGGCAAUUGAAAACAUUCCGGAAGGACAUUAAUGUUGUAAUUGACACAGACAGACAGACAAUUGGGGGGGGGGGAGGGCUUUGGUAAUUCUGUGGCGGAAGUUUAAUAGCCAGUGGACACCGUUGUGUUUAUACUUUACUUUGAGUGUGUUAGAAUUAUUUUAAAAGUGGAUUUUUUUUUUCUCUCAGGAGGAUGAACCUUUUAAAGACAUUGUUGACGGGUUCAGACAGCUGACCCCCAGGGAGUUGUCCAGAUUUCCGAAACUCGAUGCACGGUAAUAUUUUCUGUCUUCAGUUCAUUAUUGUAAUAGUCUUCUUCUCAAAUGUCUUUCUUUUACUUUGUCAAUUGGACUAAAUCCUACCGGAUGGAACAUUUUGACUGUAUUACAUUUUUACAGAACAUUCUCUUGUGAAUAUCUCGUCCACCACAACAGGUUUUAUUGUUUUGCUGAUAAUUUCACCACUUUCAAAAGUAAAAACAUUACAAGAAAAACAAAGACAAAUAUUUAUUAAACUGUGAUUAGACCAGUUUUAACAUACGCCAGUGAAAUUUGGACCCUAACAACAACGGCAGAAAACGUAUUAAACACAUGCGAGAGAAAAGUUCUCCGCAAAAUCUAUGGACCACCAAAGGAUGAAUGUGGAUGGAGAAUACGAACCUACCAGGAAAAUAUAUGGACCAACAAAGGAUGAAUGUGGAUGGAGAAUACGAGCCUACCAGGAAAAUCUAUGGACCACCAAAGGAUGAAUGUGGAUGGAGAAUACGAGCCUACCAGGAAAAUCUAUGGACCACCAAAGGAUGAAUGUGGAUGGAGAAUACGAACCAACCAGGAAAAUAUAUGGACCAACAAAGGAUGAAUGUGGAUGGAGAAUACGAGCCUACCAGGAAAAUCUAUGGACCACCAAAGGAUGAAUGUGGAUGGAGAAUACGAACCUACCAGGAAAAUAUAUGGACCACCAAAGGAGGAAUGUGGAUGGAGAAUACGAACCUACCAGGAAAAUCUAUGGACCACCAAAGGAGGAAUGUGGAUGGAGAAUACGAACCUACCAGGAAAAUCUAUGGACCACCAAAGGAGGAAUGUGGAUGGAGAAUACGAACCUACCAGGAAAAUCUAUGGACCACCAAAGGAGGAAUGUGGAUGGAGAAUACGAACCUACCAGGAAAAUCUAUGGACCACCAAAGGAGGAAUGUGGAUGGAGAAUACGAACCUACCAGGAAAAUCUAUGGACCACCAAAGGAGGAAUGUGGAUGGAGAAUACGAACCUACCAGGAAAAUCUAUGGACCACCAAAGGAGGAAUGUGGAUGGAGAAUACGAACCUACCAGGAAAAUCUAUGGACCACCAAAGGAGGAAUGUGGAUGGAGAAUACGAACCUACCAGGAAAAUCUAUGGACCACCAAAGGAGGAAUGUGGAUGGAGAAUACGAACCUACCAGGAAAAUCUAUGGACCACCAAAGGAGGAAUGUGGAUGGAGAAUACGAACCUACCAGGAAAAUCUAUGGACCACCAAAGGAGGAAUGUGGAUGGAGAAUACGAACCUACCAGGAAAAUCUAUGGACCACCAAAGGAGGAAUGUGGAUGGAGAAUACGAACCUACCAGGAAAAUCUAUGGACCACCAAAGGAGGAAUGUGGAUGGAGAAUACGAACCUACCAGGAAAAUCUAUGGACCACCAAAGGAGGAAUGUGGAUGGAGAAUACGAACCUACCAGGAAAAUAUAUGGACCACCAAAGGAGGAAUGUGGAUGGAGAAUACGAACCUACCAGGAAAAUAUAUGGACCACCAAAGGAGGAAUGUGGAUGGAGAAUACGAACCUACCAGGAAAAUCUAUGGACCACCAAAGGAGGAAUGUGGAUGGAGAAUACGAACCUACCAGGAAAAUAUAUGGACCAACAAAGGAUGAAUGUGGAUGGAGAAUACGAACCAACCAGGAAAAUCUAUGGACCACCAAAGGAGGAAUGUGGAUGGAGAAUACGAACCUACCAGGAAAAUAUAUGGACCAACAAAGGAUGAAUGUGGAUGGAGAAUACGAACCAGCCAGGAAAAUCUAUGGACCACCAAAGGAGGAAUGUGGAUGGAGAAUACGAACCAACCAGGAAGUGUAUCGUUUAUAUCAGGAUCCCACAGUAGUAACAGAAUUUUUUGUUUAAAGCAGAGGAGGAGUGAGGAGGGUGCACCACCAAAAACCCAAAGGAAAACUGCUUAAAGGCAGACCUAGGUUUAGAUGGAUGAUGUGGAAAAAGAUCUACAGCAACUGGGAAUCCAAGCAUGGAAAAGAAAAGCACUAGUUAGGUAUAAGAGGAAGGAAGUGGUGAGGCAGGACAAAGCCCCACAUAGGCUGUAGCGCCACAAGGAUGAGAUGGAUGGUCUGAGAGGAAGGAAGUGGUGAAGCAGGACAAAGCCCCACAUAGGCUGUAGCGCCAAAAGGAUGAGAUGGAUGGUCUGAGAGGAAGGAAGUGAUGAGGCAGGACAAACCCGCACAUGGGCUGUAGCGCCACAAGGAUGGGUGGAUGGUCUGAGUGGAAGGAAGUGGUGAGGCAGGACAAAGCCCCACAUAGGUUGUAGCGCCAAAAGGAUGAGACGGAUGGUCUGAGAGGAAGGAAGUGAUGAGGCAGGACAAACCCCCACAUGGGCUGUAGCACCACAAGGAUGGAUGGAUGGUCUGAGUGGAAGGAAGUGGUGAGGCAGGACAACGCCCCACAGAGAUGGAAGGAUUUCACCACUUAGCUCUUGAUGCUCCUAGUCCACACUCUGAUAAGCCCACAAUAUAUUAUUAACUGCAUGCCAUCCAACAAAAUUAAAAAUACAAGCUUAGACAAAAAGCUGAAGUAGAGUAAUUAGACAGAAGAUUGUAUUAUGUAUGGUUUAUCUUUAUCCCAUGAAUGACAUGUAUAAAUAAUUCAUGUUUGUCAUUGUAAAUGCUAGCUCCCAAAUUUCCGGAGGUCUAAUAUUGUCGUGGAUGCUGGUCACGAUUAGGUAACAUGAUAUAAUAACAGAUUUUUAAAGACAUAAGAAUCACUUCAUUUUCUAUAUAUUUUACAGAUCGGGCUACUUCUACACGACAGUACAAGUUGACGUCACACCAUAUCUACAAUGGCUGAUGAAGAGGUACAUUUAAAAAAAAACAAAAAAAAACUACUACUGCUUUAAAAUCUAACGAGAUGAUUGCUUUACAACUCUGAUAUUGCUAGCGUAUGGAAUUUUGGUAGGGUUUUAAAAAUAAAUACACACUUUCUUACAGGCGUGUACUCACUGGCGUGUACUCACUGGCGUGUACUCACUGGCGUGUACUCACUGGCGUGUACUCACUGGCGUGUACGCACUGGCGUGUACUCACUGGCGUGUACUCACUGGCGUGUACUCACUGGCGUGGUAAGGGUGGUCGUAGAGGGGGUACGCCCCGGGCACCACUUUUUUUUUUUUAAUAUUGAGGGGCGGCAUUUUCGGUGACAUGGAGAAUUUGUUCGUGGUUGUCGCACACGUCACAGCCGGUCCCAGGGGGCACGAACCUUGGGGGCACGAACCUGAGCAACGCCAUGAUUUUUACUUAUUACUUAUUUUAGUUUCGAUUAUUAAUAUUUAAUUUUUUUUAUUUUUAUUAAGUACCACCACAAUACCAUUAAUAUUAGUGGGAAGUGUUUAAAGUUGCCUUAACUUGGUUUGUCCAAUAAAGGCGUUUAUCUAUCUUGGAUAGGUUCCUAGCAAAGGGAGGUAAGACCCGCAAAUCAAAAGUGACAAGUCUUAGUGAGGUUCGUAAUUUUUCUAUUUUGUAUUCAGCUCUAAUUUUACAGACCUAUUUUUUUUUUUAAAGUUUAAAAAAAGAAGUCCAAAGUGUAAUGAUUUUUAAAAAAAUUCACGAACAUCUUAUUGAAUUAAAGACAUUGGAAGAUUAAAAUCAAGCCAGUGGCGUAACAACGGCUUGACAUUGGGGCAGUUGCCAAAGGCGCCGGCCUGCGCCAGUUCAAAAGGGCGCCGCUAAAACUCUAAUUUUUUAAAUGUUAUUUAAACAAAAGGGCGCCAAAAAUAAAUUAGCCAAGGGCGUCAAAAACCCAGUUACGCUUCUGAGUCAAGCCACGGAUGCACGCGUCUUUGAUCUAACUGUUUGAUUCAACUUGUCAACUACUCCCCAUGUCCCCAGUUUGCUGGACGGUGCGACGUUCUUGUGACUUGUUGUAGUCUGGGUGCCACGGAUCUUCUCAAAGAUGAGCAAAUAUUUCCCACUAGAGGGCAGAUAUGGAGGGUAGGUCAUUAGGGGAGAUAUGGAGGGUAGGUCAUUAGGGGAGAUAUGGAGGGUAGGUCAUUAGGCGAGAUAGGGAGGGUAGGUCAUAAUUUAGCCUCUUUUUUUAUUAUUUUAAAAUUUGCCAUUUGUUGUGCCUCAACCUUGUACAAGAAAUUAUUUAGAAUUAGAGACAGCCCACCCAAAAAAAAAAUGGCGGCGGAAAUGCGUGAACUACUAAGGUUUAUUUGACAAAACAUGAGUUCAAGUAACCCACUUUAUACAAAAAUUAGUGCUAACUUCUUGCAAUUGUAUUUUGCGCGCCUAUUGAAAACAUCGUUACAGCCGUACAUACAUAAGUACCUAGAGAGUUAUGAUUUUUAUUUUGAUGUUUAAAUGGGUGUUCUUAACUCAAUAGCCAUUUAGCAUUUUUUGUUUGUUUGAUAUAUAAAUAAGUUUUCAUGUUUAAAAAAAAAGAAAAGGUGUCAAAGUACUUAUUUACUCUAACAUAAUUGUUUUCUGGAUUACAUUUAGGUUGAGGCUCCAUGGGUCAAACAUUUUUAUGAAUACAGACCACCAACCGGAUUAGACUGCUGUUAUAUUCUACCCAGGUAAUAAACCAAUCUACAAAAAAAAAAAGUAAAUUGUAGGCGUAAAGAGAAAAUGCAAAUGAUUUCGUCAAGUCAUUAACACAGAAUUAAAUCACAAAGCUGAUAAAAGCAUUUUCAGAAAUAGUUCACAAAUUCAAACAUUCAAUUAUUAUACGGUACCAAGUAGACAAACAAAAAAAAAAACAGAAAUGACAUAAUACAAAAUUGAUAGCUGAAUCUAUUCGGUCCAUCAGUCGGCAGGUGUUUCCCCAAUCAUUAACUAGAAAUAAUACUUGUAUCAAAAUUUCAUUUGAAAUCCUUCUAUUUAUUAUUAUUAUUAUUUUUUUUUUUUUUACUCCAGAAGAAAUACCGUAGUCGUUGGUGGCACGGCCCAGAAAGGAGACUGGAGAACAGAGAUUGAUGAGGGAGAUUCGAAGAAGAUUUGGGACAUGGCUUUGAAAGUUCUCCCUUCACUAGCUGUAAGUUCAUCUCAGCACGGCGGCACAAGGAAAAAAAAUAUAAUGAAUAUACUUUAGCGUAAUAGAAGCUCAUCUUUAGUAUCGCAUGAUCAAAGCAGCAUAUGGUAACCCAUAUCAUCCUUAUGAUGACCUAUGUCAUGAUUCUGAUGGCCCAAAUUAAGCUUUUACUACAAUACAAAAACACCUUAGUGUGAUCUAAAUUGAACUAAACAUAUAGACAACUAGCUAAUGGUAACCCUUUUCAAGAUUACAAAAAAUUAAAUAAAAAUCAACAAAACAAAGUUUUAACAAAGUAAAACAACCUACAAACUCUGAAAAGGUGUACAAUGUACAUUAUUAUGGUUCCUAUGAAGAAUCAGAUUAUUUAAUCUUCAUUCGUGACUUUAAAAGAUAACACCUAAUGUCCUCUAGAAAGCUAAACCGGUGGACCAGUGGGCCGGUCUUCGACCCACUAGAAGCACUGUGCGCCUUGAGAAGGAAGUGCUUAAUGUUUCCGGGCAGCCGCUAAAGGUAAACAAGAAUCUUAUUGUGGGAAUAGAUUACCUCUUUAUUUAUACGCAGUAGGUCUAUAAAUAGCAACAAAUUAUUUGAAUUGGGUUGAAUUUGAGGUUCAUUUUACCCGAAGACUAAAACACUUUGAUACUGACAUGAAGAAUAAAACACUUUGAUACUGACACGGAGAAUAAAACAAUUUGAUGCUGACAUGAAGAAUAAAACACUUUGAUACUGACACGGAGAAUAAAACAAUUUGAUGCUGACAUGAAGAAUAAAACACUUUGAUACUGACACGGAGAAUAAAACAAUUUGAUGUUGACAUGAAGAACAAAACACUUUGAUACUGACAUGAAGAAUAAAACACUUUGAUACUGACACGGAGAAUAAAACAAUUUGAUGCUGACAUGAAGAAUAAAACACUUUGAUACUGACACGGAGAAUAAAACAAUUUGAUGCUGACAUGAAGAAUAAAACACUUUGAUACUGACACGGAGAAUAAAACAAUUUGAUGUUGACAUGAAGAACAAAACACUUUGAUACUGACAUGAAGAAUAAAACACUUUGAUACUGACACGGAGAAUAAAACAAUUUGAUGCUGACAUGAAGAAUAAAACACUUUGAUACUGACACGGAGAAUAAAACAAUUUGAUGCUGACAUGAAGAACAAAACACUUUGAUACUGACACGGAGAAUAAAACAAUUUGAUGCUGACAUGAAGAAUAAAACACUCUGAUACCGACAUGAAGACUAAAACACCAGUUUGAUACUGACACUGAUUGCAAUGCAUAACUUUGACAGUGCUCACGUCUGCACAGGUUGUCCACAACUACGGGUUUGGUGGUGCUGGCGUCACCAUUCACUGGGGCUGUGCGCUGGAGGCGGCGUCACUGGUCCUGGAGUCUCUCGGUGGCAGGCUUGAUCUACCUUCUCAUCUUUGAAUGAAGAGGGGUUUUCUCCUUCAUUAAUGUCACUUUGGCCGUCGUGACAGACGAAGCGUGAACAGAUGAUAUAAGAACCUAUCAGUAUCUGCUCUGCCCUUUUUCAACAUGUUGAGUACUGUUGAACCAACGACUUCAUCCUGUUGUUAAUGUUCUAACAGGACCGUUUCUUCAACGAGCUUCCUGGAAUCAUUCAAACUACAAACUUUUCAUGCUUGCAAGGUCAAAUUAAAGGAAAUAUAUAUCUAUAUGUUUUUUUAAAAAAACAAAUCUUUUAAUAUGUAAAUGCUUUAAGAUCAAUGAAGUAGGCUUUCCAUUUAAUUUGUCAUAUGUAUGGUAUUGUGAGCACCAAAAUUUUAUAGAAAAAAUAAGUCUCACCUUAAUUUUACUAUUUAAUUUUAAUUUUGUUCAAUUCGCUUGAUGUGAAAAGAUUUGUUUUAAAAUAAAUUAAAUUAAACAGAAUUAUACUCCAAA